AUGAGAAAGAAUCACGGACGAUCGAAGAAAAAUCGCGGAAGAGUAAGCACACUCCAUUGCGACAAGUGUGGGCGAAUCACACCCAAAGACAAGGCAGUUAAGAGAUUCAGGAUCCAGUCAUUGAUUGAGCAGGCAUCAUUCGACGACUUAAAGCUUGCCACGAUAUACGAUGUAUUUGAGGUUCCAAGGAUUGGAUACAAGUCACAGUUCUGCAUUUCUUGUGCUUGUCAUGCCAAGAUAGUCAGAGUCAGAUCAACUAAGGGAAGGAAACUCAGGUACGGGUUCAAUCCAAACAGGGCAGCAAAUCUUGCUCAAAAUUAA